AUGCUAGAUAAUACCUUCUCGGAAAAUCAGUUACGUAGCUAUUUAUCUUCACUUCAGAAUGAGAUUAAAUCUUCCAGCUGUUCAGUAGAAAUUGUGUCUGAAUUUCUACGUGGACCGCUAGAUUUUCUUGAAAAUAAAAAUUGGAAAGGUCCUUUUCCAAAUCGACAAUUGCAUAAACAUUUUCUUACAAAACUCUACUCAAAACAUCUAAGUUUUAUACUUGAAAAUAUUAUAAUCAAUUGGUUUGAGAUCCUCACUCGAUCGCAACAGCAAAUGCUAGUCACUGAGUACUUUGUUCCUUCAGGCGAAAAAAAUUUGCAAAAAAAAAUGAGAGCAUCCAUUUCUUUACAGAUCCUUGUAUCCCAUUUUUCUGUUUCUCAUCAAACCAAUUCUCAACUUGAGCAGCGACAGCAAGCCCAUUUGCUGAUGAUAAUAAAAAAACUUUUAAUCUCACUUCUUAAUACAUACUCUAUGAGUGAUUUUUUUGAUGCUAUUUUGGAUAAUGAGGAUAUUAAUUUCAAUGAAAGAUUUUUAUACUGGAAAGAAUUUGUGUGCCUUGUUUGUUCUAUACCAGAAAAAGCUGCAAAUUUAAUGGCCUUGAAUCAAAAUCAAAUCUAUAAUUCAAGAUUGCUAGAAGACGAUGAUUUUCUAAAGAAUGCGAUUGAAAUGGUGGUGUUUGCAUUCAGUGAACUAUUCUCAAAGAUGUGUAGGAUUGGCCAUUCAAAAUCCCUUGUUCAGGCGAUUUACCAUCUACUAGUGAAACGUCUUCACCCUUCCGUUAAUAAAACCUAUCAAGAUAUUUGGCAUCGAGUGACCGCAUCGUUUUCUCCACAUAUGCUAGAGUCAUUUCUCACCUCCUUAUUACUUCAUGCACAAAAUUGUGAUCUUUCAAAAGUUCCCACCCCAGUCUCCAUUGAGAAUCAUUCCCGAUAUUUGAUUCGUAAAAUUGCUAAAAUAUUAAUGUUAUUAAUUGGAAAUAGAAAUAAUGAAUCUGUAUUGUUUUUAAUUAAAUAUAAAUAUUUUGUGGGUGGGAAAUCAUUUUCUGUAACCAUUUUAAGAGUUUUAUGCUGCUUUUUGUAUUGGAGAGGACUUCAGAAAGAGAAAGAGAAAAGUGGUGAUAACAGCUUAAAUUCAUUAAUAUAUGAUGAUCUUAUUAAUGUACUCAAAAAUCUUAUAUCGUUUUGGUCUGAUCCAACAUUCGUUAAACAUGGGUCCAUUAGUGAUCAAAAAUAUAUAACAAGUGCAAUUCUUAUAUUAUUCGGUUACAUUCCCAAAGAUACUCUAAUUGAUGCAGGAACCACUAGAGAUAUUAUUUCCGGUGUGUCUCGGUGGUUACAAAAUUCAUUCGAAGAGUCGCGAAAACUAGGAAUGGUUACUGCAGAAAUGCUUUCAAGAUUAACUGAUGAAACUGGAAAUGUGUUAGAUUUUGAACUAAAUUCUGAAGAGGAAGAAGUAAGGCAUUUAAGGCAAUUAGUAGAAGUUAAGGACGGGCUUUUGGAUCUGCCAGAUUUUGAAAACGAUGAUGUUGUUGAAGAUCAAGAAGAAAUAAUAUCAAAAUCUGAUCAAAUUGUAGAUUCCUCUGAGAAAAAUUAUAAUAUUGAAAUUCCUAUCAACAACGUAUCUACAAUUGCGAUGAAUACUGCCGCAAAACUAAUUAGAAAUAAAACGGGUUUUGGGAUGGAAUUGGAUGACCAUGCUGCUGAAUUAGCAAGAAUACUUAUUAAUUUACGUGAUAAUUUCGAACUUAAAGAGUUUGAAGAAAAUAGACAAGCCGCAUUGGUCGCUCUUGUAUGUGGAAGUCCAAAGAUCACCCUCAUGAUCUUGUCUGCAUUAUCAUUAGCCGCAAAAGAAUUAUCCGGACUACAAAUAGAAGAGGAUAUAUCUGCCAAAAAAGAAAUUUCAUCUGUAGAUUUAAUUGUUCAGUCAACAAAUGAUCUUAGCUUAAUAACAAAAAAUGCCCGAAGUAAACCAACAUCUGAUAAAGUACGUUGGUUGUCUCGAAGACCAAAAGUGGAAUAUGCACGUCUUAAUUCAACAAAGAAGAAUAAAUUUUACGAAAUAGCUGCAAAAACUUUUUUCUUCCCAUUACUAGCAGGGUUUUGGAUAUGGUCUCGCAACCGCGAUCAAAAUGGGAUCUUAUAUGAACCUGUACUAGUGCAUAGAUAUGUGGUAACAUUGGCUGUUUUUGUUCAGUGCUCUACAAAUACUGUCGAUCUUAUACAAAUUGACAGAGAAUUUUGGGAUUUACUAUUAUCUUUAAGAUAUAAUGAUGAUCCAACUAUUUUAUCAUCAUUAUUAUUUGGUAUAAAUUCUAUACUUAAUUCAUUAUCUGAACGCGAAUUGGCAGAAGAUUUUGGAAAAGAAUUAGUUGAAACACAGCAAUGGGUUGCUUGUAUGUAUAUAUAUUUCAGUUAUUUAAUUACUUGGUCUAUUUAA